GCACUCUUGAUCUCAUUAUUCAUUGAGUAAGAUAUAGUUAUGUCUUCUGUAGCGGUCGUCAAUGGUCAGCCUCGUGAUCCUACAUCCGCUACAUCAAAGGAAAAUAAUCAAACGCCUGGGCCACCUCCUCCGGUUCCUCCACCAACACAGUCAGCAGGACCUAUUGUGAGUCAAGCACAGUCUUCCCAGCCUCAACUAGGUAAUUCUACUGUACCACAAACAAAUUCUGCUCCACAAAGAGACAACCGCAGAAGUGAAAUAUAUAGGUAUUCUGGUCCGAAACCCCUUUUUGCGGCUGCUUGGGCAAACAAAAACGAUAGGCGAUUUCGUUUGGCUGUUGGCAGCAUUGUGGAGCGUGAACAAGGAAACAAUGUGACAUUAAUAGAAUUAGACGAGGGCCUAGGUCAACUUGUGGAGAGAGGGAGCUUCAGUCAUGAGUUUCCUGCAAACCAAAUUGGUUUCAUACCUGAUCUUGAGAACAAAUACCCGGAUUUGUUGGCCACGAGUGCCGAUUUCCUGCGGUUAUGGCGAAUACAUCCCAACAAUUUAGUUACGGAAGAAGCUGUUUUGAGUAGCAACAAGUCAUCUCAGUUUACUGCACCUCUUACAAAUUUUGAUUGGAAUGAAGUUGAUCCGAGGUUGAUAGGGACCUCAAGCAUAGAUACCACCUGUACUAUCUACGACGUUGAGGCACAGCAAGCUGUCGGGUUGAUACGACCUAUCACAUUCAGUGUGAAAACACAGCUCAUCGCUCAUGACAAACCUGUACAUGACAUCGCUUUUAGUCGCAUUUUCAAUGGGAAGGAUAACUUCGCCACCGUAGGGGCUGAUGGAAGUGCAAGAAUGUUUGAUUUGCGGCAUCUAGAACACUCAACCAUAGUGUACGAGGAUCCCUUGAAACUUCCACUUAUGCGGGUUGCAUGGAACAAACAAGAGCACUAUCACCUUGCUACAUUCGCUCAGGAUUCUACAGAGGUUAUAAUAAUUGAUAUCCGUAUGCCAUGCAGUCCUCUUGCACGUCUCAAAAACCACAAUGGUGCCGUAAAUGGGUUAGCUUGGGCUCCUCAUAGUGCUCACCACAUCUGUACAGCAAGUGAUGACGCUCAAGCCUUGAUCUGGGAUUUACAAAACAUGCCACGACCCGUUGAAGACCCGAUAUUAGCUUACUCAGCAGGAGGAGAGGUCAACCAAGUGCAUUGGGGACCUGCCCACAACAACUGGAUAUGUAUCUGUUUCAACAAAUCACUUGAAAUAUUGCGAGUUUGAGUUUGUUUCCGUCUUUCAAGGGUAGCUUGUCUACCGUCUUUUGAUCUCCACACUGUUUGUCAAAUUAUUUUUUUACUGCACUCAUUUACGAAUCUUGUAUGGUUUGAUUCGGAGCGUCGGUAAAUGGACGUUGCAACCCGGUUGUCCGUUUUAUCCCAUGUAAUCUCGUUCUCAUUGUACGUAUCUCAGUUUCGUUUGUUAUUAGCAUCUGUGUUACUGCCACUAAAGAUCUUUGACUUCAGU